AUGGCUGCCUCAGACGUGCAAGGCAAGAAGCGCAAGGGCGCAACCGAUUCCCAACCUAAGGCGAAGAAGGCGCGCAAAUCCGAUGAUAUCACUGCCGCAAAGUCCACGCCUAAGCAAGCCACUGACAUUGUCUCCGAGGACGAAACCUCCGCACCGGUGAAGGCUCCUAAGUCCAAGAAGUCCAAAAAAAGCAAGGCCACCGAACCUGCCGAUGCCGAAAUCGCCAAAGUAGAAGAAACUGUUGUAAGCGAAAAGCCAAAGAAGAAGGCAAAGAAAGGCAAAAAGGUGGACGAGGUCGAGAUUGCUGUGACAGAGGAGGACAUUCAGGACGUACUUGCUGGUGCGGAGGAACAGAAGCGAAAGGAGAAGAAGCCCAAGAAACCCAAGAAAGCAGAAAUUGACGAAGAGCCAGCGGCAGAGCCCGUACUUGAAGAAGUCAGCGUGGUAGUAGAGGAGAAGAAACCGAACAAGGGAAAGAAAUCAAAGAAGCAGGAAGAGGCACCUGUAACAGAGGAUGAAGAGAUUGCUGUUGCAGAAGACAACGACGCAGAGGACGAGGAGGCUUUGGACGAUCAGACGGCUGCUCUGCUCGCUGGCUUCGAAAGUGAUCGCGACGAGAGUGAUCUGGAGAAGGAAGACGAAGAAUUCGAUGAGGAUGCUCUAGCUGAAACAGGCAAAGAAAUCAGCAAGAAGAAGCGCAAGGAUCUGGAAAAGGCACGAAGAGAUGCUGAGCCAGGUGUCAUUUACCUUGGUCGCAUUCCCCACGGUUUCUUCGAACCCCAAAUGAAGAAAUACUUUAGCCAGUUCGGUACGGUCCUUCGUCUGCGCCUCUCCCGUAACAAAAGGACUGGGGCAUCUAAGCACUACGCCUUUAUCGAGUUCGCGAACGGUGAAGUCGCCGAUAUCGUCGCCAAAACCAUGCACAACUACCUCAUGUUUGGACAUAUCCUGCAAUGUCGCGUGAUUCCAUCCGAACAGGUUCAUGCAGAGCUGUUCAAGGGUGCAAACGAGCGCUUCAAGGUCGACCCGCGAAACCAGAAGGAGCGCGCUGCCCUGGCUCGGGGUGCAACACGCGAUGUUUGGGAAAAGCGAGUGCAGCGUGAGAACAAGAAGCGCACUGGCAAGGCUAAGGCGUUGCUGGAAGAGUUCGAUUAUGAGUUAAAUGCACCUCCUGCAAAAUCCGUGGAUUCGGUGCCUAAGAAGACCGCUGCCGUAGAGGAUGCUCCUGCCCAGGCCUUAUUGACUCAGGGAGAGGCCGAUGCCGAACCCGAGGCUGAUACCGUUCUUGCUACAGAUGAGGCUGCUGAGAAGAAGAGCAAGAAGGCUCCCAAGAACAAGAAGCGCAAGUCCGAUGUCGUACCCGAGGCUAUCGAGGAGCCUGAGGUUCCAGCGCCCAAGUCCAAGAAGGCGAAGAAGGAAUCGCAGCCCCAGACCGAGGUCGUCGCAGAGAAGAAGCGCAAGGUGUCUCAAAAUGGCACCAGCACCAAGAAGGUGAAGAAGGCCAAGGCGUAG